AUGUCCCCGAGUGCUCAAUUGAAAGGUGCGGCGUCCGCGGGGCGGGAGUUCGCGCGCGUCCCGGGGGCGGCGCCGUCUGGGAGGCCCCGGCCGCCGUCGGUCCGUCCCGCGGGGCGUCGGAUUAAAGGCCGCGCCCGUCUCUCUCCGUGCGGGCAUGUUCCGCCGGCUGCGACGCCCGCCGCCUUUCCCAGACCGUGCCAGGCCGCCUCGAGCGCCGAGAGCAGCGUGACCAACCUGGGGACGCGGCCCCGGCGGUCGACCCCGCGGGCUGAGCCGGGGAGGCGGGAAGCGCGAGGGCGAACGCCUCCCCAGGUCGCGGAGCUGAGGACGAAACUGGACGCCGCGGAAGGACGGCUCGGCGCCCCGGACGGGGAGCGGCAGCGGCGGCAGCACCAGCGCCCGAGAGACGGCGACGGGCCGCGCGGCCCCGCCCGGAACCCGCCGCGCGAGGAGAAGGAAAAGGAAAGCCUAAAUGAAGAAUUGCAUGAAUUGAAGAAAGAAAAUAAGCUUUUGAAGGAAAAAAAUGCUCUUGCAAAAAAGAAGAAGGAACAUUUAGAAUGUGAAAUAAGAUACCUCAAUAAGGCUCUUCAGGAUGCCCUGAGCAUCGAGUGUUCUUUGUCUUCCGGGGAUUGUUUGUGGAAGUCUGGAGAGCGCUGCCUUCAAGAGCUGAGGACAGAAAUGGAAGUUCUCAAGCAGCAGGUGCAAAUAUAUGAAGAAGACUUCAAAAAGGAACGAUCGGAUCGAGAAAGACUUAAUCAAGAGAAAGAGGAGCUACAGCAGAUUAAUCAGACUUUCCAGUCCCAGCUGAACAGGCUCAAUUCUCAGAUAAAAGCUUGUCAGAUGGAGAAAGAAAAACUGGAAAAGCAAUUAAAACAGAUGUGUUUGCCAACCUGUCACUGCGGCUGGUUUUCCACCUGCGGGAUCCCUGGGGACCGGAAGGUCCUGCGGCUGUGCAGAAUCCACAGGAGCACCCACCAGACUGCCCGUGGUACGCUCCGGACCGGCUUCCGCCAGACGCACAGCACAAGGCCAACGAGAAGAAUGAAGGUUCCUGAGUGCAAGAGACGACAGACAGUCAUCCCGGUUGGCCACGCGGAGUCCUCGUGUCUUUACCGUCACCUGCUCAUUCUGGACAUCUUGCGCCAUCUCCGAUUCCAUGGCAACCCCGUUUCCAUGUCUCUUGCAGCCUCCAGCAUACCCCAUGCCUUUGUGCAGAUUACAAAACAGUGGUCUCUCUAGGCACAUCGAUGAUAAAAAGACACACCCAGAGGCAGACAAUUUUACAGGACCCCUUGGUUGGACAAAACACAGACAGGUGGCCCUUCCGUUAGGUGGGUGUUGCCCUCAGGGCUUGGCAGGUCCAGCCUGGGCUGGAUUCCAUUCCCACCCCACUGCCUGUCCCGGUGCCUUUGCUUUGUGCAGAACUGCACAGUCUGAUCCGCGGCGCUGCUGUCUCUGCCCCCUUUCCCACUGCUGUGUCUAGAGCAGCCGUUCUCCAAGCACAAUUCUUGGACCGGUGGCACUGUCACCUAGAGACACGCUGGAAACACAAGCUCUCAGUCCCCACUGCAGAGUUCCUGGCUCAGCAAGCAGCAAUCAGUGUUUAAUCAAAUCCUCCAGAUGAUUCUGAUGCACACCAGAAAAGCACCUGGCACACAGUAGGUCCGCAGUAAAUGCUUGUUUGUUGAAUGAAUAAAUGAAUUUCUCCUUCACAGUGAAGCUCAAGCAUCCUCUCCUUGAGACAGCCCCUUCCCCAGCCUCCCGCUUGCUCGGCUCUGUCCUCUCCGUGCUUGCACGGUGCUCCCUGCCACUGUGCGCUGGGCCGCGGUGCUCUGCGAGAAGCUCUCUCCGUGCCCUGCCCUGGCUCUCCACGAGCACAGAGAUGGUGGUGCCCGAGCUGCACCCCUGUCGUCCCCAGCACAAUGCUUGGGCCACGCUGGAGACCCAGUUCACGUGGGCGGAAGACACAGCAAACAGCAAACAAUAAAGUCAUCACCGGGCCUGGCGUUUGUACCUGCCCAAAGACCAUGGGAUUCCAAUCAAUUCAAAAACCCAUGCUAAGAAAAACUAUUUUGUCAUUGUGCCUCAAAUGUGCCAUUUCCUCUUGUUUAGUUGUUGUGCAUACUCACAGUUUAGUAAUAAAAUUAGUUUAUUAAAAUAUUUAA